AUGGCGCCUCUGGCCGCCCCCAAUUCAGACACGCCCUCUCAGACAGAUACUCCUAUGACCGAUGCUAACGAGGAACCUAUUACGUCGGUGCCUGUUGACGCGCCAAUGAUGGGCUACCAGGAAACACCAGACUACACGGACUCUGACACCAAUCCGAACACCACGGCAAGCAGCGUCGCAGGCGACAUGGCCCCGCUUGAUGGCCGACGGCGAAGAUCCGAAGCUUUCCACAUGAGGAAGAGCAUUCUGGGCAAAAAACACGGUCGCCUGGAUGAGUCCAAGGAGGAUGAUUCAAUUCGCCGAUUCCGCUAUCUUCUCGGACUAACCGACCUAUUCCGUCAUUUCAUCGAAACGAACCCUAACCCACGAAUCAAGGAGAUCAUGUCGGAAAUUGAUCGACAGAAUGCUGAAGACGAGGCAAAAGCCAAAAAAGGCUCGUCACGGUCAGGCGGUGCUGGUGGUGACCGACGUCGCAGGACAGAACAGGAAGAAGACGCGGAGCUAUUGAAGGAUGAGAAGAGUGGUGGCCAAACUGGCACGAUCUUCCGGGAAUCUCCUCCAUUCGUCCACGGCCAAAUGCGUGAUUAUCAAAUCGCGGGCUUGAACUGGCUUGUAUCUCUACACGAGAACGGUAUAUCGGGUAUCCUAGCAGAUGAGAUGGGUCUAGGUAAAACUUUGCAAACGAUAUCUUUUCUUGGGUACCUUCGGCAUGUGUGCGGCAUCACUGGGCCUCAUCUUAUCACAGUUCCCAAAUCCACUCUCGAUAAUUGGAGGCGAGAAUUCCAAAGGUGGACACCAGACGUCAAUGUCCUUGUCCUCCAGGGGGACAAAGAAACGCGCCAUAAACUGAUCAACGAACAACUACUCGACGAGAACUUCGACGUUUGCAUCACGAGUUACGAAAUGGUCCUUCGGGAGAAGUCUCACCUCAAAAAGUUCGCCUGGGAGUACAUCAUUAUUGACGAAGCUCAUCGGAUCAAGAAUGAAGAGUCCUCCCUCGCACAAAUUAUCCGUGUUUUCAAUUCUCGAAAUCGGCUGCUUAUCACCGGCACCCCGCUUCAGAAUAACCUCCACGAACUUUGGGCUCUUCUAAAUUUCCUUUUGCCGGAUGUUUUUGGUGAUUCGGAAGCCUUCGACCAAUGGUUCUCUGGCCAGGACGCCGAUCAAGAUACUGUUGUGCAACAGCUCCAUCGGGUGUUGCGGCCGUUCCUGCUUCGUCGCGUUAAGAGCGAUGUUGAGAGAAGCUUGCUUCCCAAAAAGGAAAUGAACUUGUAUGUGCCUAUGUCAGAAAUGCAAGUGAAAUGGUAUCAAAAGAUUCUUGAAAAGGACAUUGAUGCUGUGAACGGCGCCGCUGGGAAGCGGGAAUCCAAAACCCGUCUAUUGAACAUUGUCAUGCAGCUGCGCAAGUGCUGCAACCAUCCAUACCUUUUCGAGGGAGCUGAGCCUGGUCCUCCUUACACCACCGACGAACACCUUGUCUUCAAUGCUGGCAAGAUGUCCAUCCUGGACAAGCUUUUGGCACGUAUGCAGAAUCAAGGUAGCCGAGUGCUCAUUUUCUCCCAGAUGAGUCGUGUUCUUGAUAUUUUGGAAGACUACUGCGUAUUUCGCGAGUACAACUACUGUCGUAUAGACGGUACCACAGCCCAUGAGGACCGGAUUGCUGCUAUUGAUGAAUACAACAAACCGGGAUCUGAUAAAUUUAUCUUCCUUCUCACGACGAGAGCGGGUGGCCUCGGUAUCAACUUGACAACUGCAGAUAUCGUUGUUCUCUACGACAGCGACUGGAACCCCCAGGCCGAUCUCCAGGCUAUGGACCGCGCUCACCGUAUCGGUCAGACAAAACAGGUGGUCGUAUUCCGUUUCGUCACCGAAAAUGCCAUCGAGGAGAAGGUCCUGGAGCGAGCGGCGCAAAAGUUGCGGUUGGACCAGCUAGUUAUUCAACAAGGUCGUGCCCAGCAGCAAACCAAGAAUGCAGCCUCGAAGGAGGAACUCCUCGGCAUGAUCCAGCAUGGAGCUGCCAACGUGUUCAGCAACAAUGCCGCAACACCCCCCCUGUCUGCUGAUAAACAGAUAUCGGACGACAGCUUCGACGAGAUUAUGCGCAAGGGUGAGGAGCGAACUGUCGAACUGAAUAAAAAGUACGAAAAGUUGGGCAUCGAUGACCUGCAGAAGUUCAGCUCCGAAAGUGCAUAUGAAUGGAAUGGCAAAGACUUCACAGACCGUAAGAAGGACAUCGGAAUCAACUGGAUCAAUCCCGCAAAGCGGGAGCGAAAGGAACAGUUUUACUCUAUCGACAAAUAUUACCGACAAGCCCUGGCUACUGGCGGAAGGACAGCUGAUCCCAAACCGAAGGUUCCACGAGCGCCCAAGCAAGUCGCUGUCCACGAUUGGCAGUUCUUCCCACCGGGGCUCCAGGAGCUCCAGGAAAAGGAGACGGCUUACUUCCACAAAGAAAUUGGGUAUAAGGUUCCUCUUGGUGACGGCCCGGAGGAAGAGCUUAGUGAUCGCGAGGCUGAGCGUGAUCUAGAGCAACAAGUAAUUGACAACGCGGUUCCCUUGACCGAGGAGGAGCAAGCCCAAAAGGCCAAGAUGUCCGAAGAUGGAUUCUCCACCUGGAAUCGUCGGGAUUUCCAACAGUUUGUGAACGGGUCGGCCAAAUUUGGACGCACAGACUACGUUGGCAUUGCCACCGAAGUGGACAGUAAAGAACCGGAUGAAGUCGAGGAAUAUGCUGAAGUCUUCUGGAAGAGAUACACCGAGAUUCAGGACUACCCCAAGUAUCUCCGGGUCGUUGAACAAGGCGAAGAAAAAUUGCGGAAGAUGAGCCAUCAGCGCAUGAUGCUCCGCAAGAAGAUGAAGAUGUAUCGGGUGCCUCUCCAGCAGCUUAAAAUCAACUAUACCGUGUCUACGACUAACAAGAAAGUAUAUACGGAAGAGGAAGAUCGGUUCUUGUUGGUGAUGCUGGACCGGUACGGAGUCGACGGUGAAGGACUUUACGAGAAAAUCCGGGAUGAGAUUCGCGAGUCGCCUCUCUUCCGGUUCGAUUGGUUCUUCCUUAGCCGGACUCCCGUGGAAAUUGGACGUCGGUGCACCACUCUACUGAACACCGUGGCCAAGGAGUUUGAGGCCGGUGAUGGAAAAGCAAACGGUGAGAGUGGGAAAGGCCGUGGACGUGACGACGAUGCCGAUAAUGACGAGGAUAGCGCGCCAGCCAAGAAGAAGAGCAAGAGUGGUGCGGUGAACAAACAGGUCAAGGCAGUCAAGGGUGGCACAAAAGCCAACUCUACAUCCACGUCGCGAGCAGCCAGUGUCUCGUCCAACACUGCACCCAAGUCUCGAAGCCGGAAGAAGUGA